CAACUUGGGGAAUACGUGUUUUAUGAAUUCGGUUUUGCAAGCAUUGCUGCAUACUCCGCCAUUGAGGAACUUUUUCUUGAGUGAUCGACAUAAUCGGUAUUUUUGUCAGAGAAAUGUCAAUGUCGGCAAUAAAAAUUCCAACUCUAAUGAUGGAAAUGGCAGUAAAAAUUCGCGCAUCUGUCUAGCUUGUGAUCUGGAUGCGAUGUUUUCUGCUGUCUUCUCGGGUGAUCGGACGCCUUACAGCCCGGCAAAAUUUUUAUUCAGUUGGUGGCAACAUGCUGCAAACCUUGCAAGUUAUGAACAACAAGAUGCUCAUGAAUUUUUCAUCUCUAUUCUUGAAGGCAUCCACGAAAAGGUGGACAAAGAUCGGCGCAAACCUUACAGUCAAGGUAAUGGAGACUGUUGUAUUGCUCAUAGAGUAUUUUCCGGCAUAUUGCGGUCUGAUGUCAUGUGUAUGGCUUGUGGUUUCACAUCGACAACCUAUGAUCCAUGUGUAGACAUCUCUUUGGAUUUGGAACCAAAUCUAGGGGGUUCUGCAAAGAUGGCAGCCACAAGGUCCAAUCUUUCUUGCAAUGGUGAGGCAGAUUGUGUGAACUCAAGCCAAAACCACAGGAUAUCUUCCCUGGUGGGUUGCUUGGACCAAUUCACUAGGCCCGAAAAACUUGGGUCCGACCAGAAAUUCUUCUGCCAACAGUGUCAGGUGCGGCAGGAAUCUCUCAAACAGAUGUCCAUAAGAAAGCUUCCGUUAGUUUCUUGUUUCCACAUUAAAAGAUUUGAGCAUUCUUCGGUUCGGAAAAUGUCGAGGAAGGUGGACCGAUAUUUGCAGUUUCCAUUUUCUUUAGACAUGGCACCCUAUCUCUCAUCUUCUAUUUUGAGAAGUCGAUUUGGGAAUAGGAUUUUCCCUUUUGAUGGAGAUGAACAAGAUGCUUGCAAUGAGUCAUCGUCGGAGUUUGAGUUGUUUGCUGUCAUCACUCACAAAGGUAAAUUGGACGCCGGUCAUUACGUGACCUACUUGCGGCUGAGUAAUCAAUGGUACAAGUGUGAUGACGCUUGGAUUACCCAAGUCAAUGAAAAUAUUGUUAGGGCUGCACAAGGAUACAUGAUGUUUUAUGUGCAGAAGAUGCUCUAUUACAAAGCAAGUGAGAAACAGAGUGCUUCAUAACGUUUCGUUAGAUGGGAAACUUGAUUACAGGACAAAAUCGGUUGAUGCUCAAUCAAUUUCAUCGAUAUUUUGUUUGCCAUGGAAGCCAGUAAUUGCUGUUGUUUGUCAGUAACAAGCUGAACUAUGAGUGCCUGCACAUUGUAGUCAAAGAUAUAGGCGAGCCAACACUUUUCGGGGAUGGUAAUUGUGAGAUUUACUCAUGAAGGCAGACUCAGGUUCCUUUUGAAGGGAACUUCUCUGAUACUUUUUUAACUCCUUUUCAUCGCUUCCUACCUAUUCAAGCAAUGUUGGUGGCUUGGGAUGGAGUUUUAGUACUUGGAGUUGUGGCUCAGCAGAUUAACUGAUCUCUCUCUACAUAUUAUGAAGAGGUAUGAAAAAUCUAAUUCUAGAGCUGUCUCUCUCUCUCUCUCUCUCUCUCUCUCUCUCUCUAGAUAUCCAUAUGUUCCGGGUGGGUUCUUCAUCUCCCCCGGAUUUCUGAUUUUUGAAAUCUAUCCAUCGAUUUUUUUUGGUGGAACCACCUAUUAAUUCAAACAUGAAACUGCAACACAUGGGGCUGCUGCUCCUUUUGGAUUUGGUGCAGCAACAGGUACAAUGGCAGGCUGCUUCAGCCUUUUUUUAUUACACGUGAUUUAUACUGAAUUUUAGUCUCCUUUGACACACUCUCUAAACCCCCCCUCCCCUCCUCCCCCCUUAUUAAUCUAUUUACCGAGUCUGCCCAAAAUGAGAAUGGACAGGGUUAAUGAUCAAGUUAUAUUGGUCAAAACUAGAGUGGGGAUAAGUUAUAUACAUUCUAAUUAUGAGAAAAACAAACAUCCGAACUGAUCUAAAUAGAUGUAUGUUUUUUUAGUCUGACUCUGUUGAAAUUUGUAUGCAAAAUGUUAUCAUUAAGUUGUAGGUAAAUAAAAUUUUGCUAUUGGUGAAGAAAGUGU